CUCAUUAUUCCCCCCUCCAGCCCCGCCCCCUGUGAGAUCUAUCAGGCCGCCGGGUGUCUGUGGCUCGAUUCUCUGCCCUGAUCUAGCUCCCCAGUCUGAGUCUCCAAGCGUGGCAGCUGCGAGCCUUCAUGAGGCGUGGCGGGAGCAGGGGGGAGAUCGCAUUUUUGGACACUGUACCCAUCUUUGAGAAAAGCCCAGAAAGUGAGCAUGGCUCCAGAGCAAAGGGAAGGGAAGUCUCAGGUGUCGGUGACGUUUGAAGACGUGGCCGUGCUCUUUACCCGGGAUGAGUGGAAGAAGCUGGUUCCCUCUCAGAGAAGCCUGUACCGUGAGGUGAUGCUGGAGAACUACAGCAACCUGGCCUCGCUGGGAUUCCCAUUUACCAAACCAAAGAUGAUCUCCGUGUUGCAACAAGGAGAAGAACCCUGGAAAUCAGAGAAAGAAAGUCAUGGAUGCUCCCCUCUUGGGUCUCCAGAAAGCCUUAGACUGGACUGUCCCUCAACAAGAGACCUCUUCAGGUACCUGAUCCUCAUGGAAUGAUGGGAAAGGAAAAUCCCAGGCUCCCAGCCCCUAGCUUCCCCUCCUGUCUAUGGUCCCUUUUGUUUCUGAGGAGAGCUGCCUUUCAUGUACAAGAAGUCAGCAUAUUUAAGGGUAUAUUGGAAGUAAUUUUUUUUCUAGCUGCACAGAAUAUAUAUAUAUAUAUAUGAAAUCGAGACAAAGGAAAUGAGCUUGGAUGGCCUCACUAGAUUUUGGUACUGUGCUAAGAGCUUUAGCCUGUAGAUAACAGGGAUAGCUAAGAAGUUUAAGGAGAAUUUUAUGAUCCUGGAUAUUUUAGUGGGGACAACAAGGGAAGCCAUUGAGAGGGAGACAGUGGGGGGAGGGGAGAAGGAGCUUGAGCAGGAAGAGAGAAAAUGCAGAGGUGGGAGAGGAGAGCCAAACGUCUAGAUUCUAUAGGGAAGAGCUCCUAGGAGAGAUAUUAGAAAGUUCAGAUAAGCCAGCCUUGCCUGGAACAGGCAGGACUGAGGGAUGCUGGGAGAACCUGGAUAUGCAAGCUAAGCACCUCAGCUGCUUGUCCUGGGUCUGAAUCCCAACCCUGAGGAGACAUAAACAUCCAGAGAUGGGUCCAGCACUGUCUCCCUGGGAGAGCAGCUUCCUGCCCUUAACAGGAAGGGUUGAGGGCUUAGAGCCUGGAGUGGGGGAACUGGGAGACAGGGCUGAGGUUGGGUCAGGUCAGACACUGAGGAUUAAGGAAGAGCUGGAAGGUUGACUAUACGUUGUUCUUAUAGACCCUGUUCUGAUAGACCCUGAAUACAAGAGCCCUUCUUUUUCAGUCUAAAGUGACAGUUUCUGAUGUAGAGACCCCGGUUGUCUAGCUUUGAAACCUUUGUUUGGAGAAAUACAGUAAUUCUGUGGAAACUACCAAGGCAACUGUUUUGUAGUGCUGGAGAGCCAGGCCUUGCACUUGCUAGGCAGGUGCUCUACCAGUGAGUUACACUUCCAGCCAUAUCCUUUCCUCUGAAGGGACCUAUUUUCCUGUUUGUCUUCUGCCUUGUGAUAUUAAAAACAAACAAACAAACAAAAAACCUGUUUUUAUUUUUAUGUGUUUGGAUGUUCUGCCUGCAAAAAUGUCUGCGCACCACAUGGGCACAGGGCUCACAAAAGCCACAACAGAGUGCUAGUUCCCCAGGGACUGGAGGUUUAGACAGUUGUGAGCUGCCAGGUGAGGCACUAGGUACUGAAUCCAGAGCUUCUGAAAGAGCAUCCAGCGCUCAUAACCACUGAGCCCUCUCUCCAGUCCCCUGCCUUGUCCUUUUUUAUUAAAAUGUAAACAUCCGAAUCUUCCACUUCCCAGGGUCUGCUGGGGUGAUGGGUGAUUUUUCUCUUUAGUUGUUAUAAGCGACGAACCUGUCUGGUUUUAAAAAUCAAGGCAGAGGCAAGUAAAGGGGGAAGGACACUGUCCCCCUAACGGUUGGGUAUCCGCUCCUGCCAGAGGAGAUAGGAGUGGUGCCCCGCCUUUGUAGCUGUCCUUCUUGCCUCUUGGCUGUAUGGCUGUUGUAGGGAUGCUAGCAGGUUGCUCCUUGGAGCUGGCUGCUGCUGAAUGAAAUGCACUUCAGUUUACCACUCAGGCCUUCCUGUUGAUGCUGCACAGGCUCCGGAGUUUUGAAAUCUAAUGGACAGAUUUUACAGGUACACUUGCCAUCCAGGGAGGGAAAUAAAAUCAUGGUACUUCACACCAUGAGAGAUGUCAUAUUGUCUGACGUUCACGUUUUCUCUUCUACACUUGUUUUACAGUCUGGGCAUUCUCUGCCUUCACAUGAUGCUGAGAUUGAGGUCUUGCAUGAAGUGAAGACUACAUAGUUUAAAGCUGUUUGCUGGGGCAGUCUCUUAGCUAAGUUCUAACUUAGCCUGCCUUCCUGGCCUGGAUCCCCGCCAUGUGGCUAGCUCUUUACCUCCUGCCCCACUUUAGUCUUCCUUCUGCUUUCUCCCUGCAGGUCUCAAUUUUCUUGACUCUGCUUGCAUCCCUGCAGCGUCCCCACCUGCCUGGAAGUUCUGCCCCCUUACAUGCUGCCCCAGCCAUUGGCUGUCAGCUCUUUAUUAUAACCAAUCAGCAGUAAGACAGCAUCUGGUCCAUCCCUUUGGUUGCCUUAGGCAUUGUGGGCUAUCUGACCUUCCUCUUUUGGGCAGGUGGGAUGGGCAAGCAUUUACAAAUAGAAAACCUAGAGAUAGGACAAGGAAAUGACAACACUCAAAUUCUGCCAGGACAUAGCUCUCUGCCAGUAUAUAGUAACAAUCAAAAAUGCAGAGGCACACCUUAUUACAAUGUGAGGAAAGGUCACCCCAACAUAGUCCCAAAGAAAAGAGAAUUAUCUGGCCUUGGAUGUCAUCUGCUACUGAGAAAUUCUGAGCUAUAUCCCGAAUUUUGUGGCAUUUUCAGAACACUGGGUUGUAACAUCCAAGAGUAGCAUUUUCAUUCAAGAUGCCUAUAAAAAUUUACUCAUAUAGUUUUUCAAAUUUUCUGUAUUCCUCUUAUUCUUUAUAACAAUACUCUUGUGUGCCAAUUCUAUAUAUGCUUCUUCAUGAAAUCAGUUUUAAGAGAUGUGAUAUCAUCAGCAAAUACAGGCAGUUUUUCAACUUCUCUAAUUUAAUUGCCCGACUGCAAUAAUUAAUAGUUCCUUACAGAUGGAUAGUAGGGAAAUGGAUAUAUUGGCUUCAUUCUUGAUUGCAAUGAAAUAUACCUAAUGUCUCUUCAUUAACAAAAUGAUUGGCUUUAGGACUAAAAUGUUUGAAUUUUAUCAUGCCGUUGAGGUAUUCCUCAAGUCCUGUUUAUCUUUAUUAUCUGUGUGACACAGAGUCUCAUUGACUGCUUCUUUAAAUACGUAUAAUGUACUUGUGUACUGUACAAUAAUAUUCUAGCAAAUGAUGAGCUGCAUAUACAAUGGUGUGCCAUGAGAUUAUAACACGGAUAGCCAGUUAAGAGCACUUGUGUCCUGGACACUCACAACACCAUGUGAUUCACAAUUGUCCAUAACUCUAGUUCCAGAGACUCUGAUGUUCUCUUUUGACCUCUGCAGGUGAUUAGUAUGCAUUUCUGUACAUACAGAUGCACAUACAAGAAGACACACAGAAAGUAAGACACAGAAAUCUAACUUUAGAAAUGUAAAGCAGCAGAGUGCAAGCUAAUUAAAGUGGCCACGUGCUCCUUUAAUCCCGGUGCUCAAGAGGCAGAAGCAUGUAGAUCUGUGAGUGCAAAGCUACCCUGCUCUCCACACUGAAUAAAUAAAACUUAUCAGAAUGUACUAUCUAUGUGUUUGCAGCAAUGCUGAUGUAAAAAAUCCUGUGUUGCUAGAAGUAUAAAAGUAUAGUAUUAGAAUUAUUACAGUAUAUAAUAUUUGAUAAUAGCAGUGACUUUAGUCACUGUGCUUUGGGUUUGUAUUUUAAUGCUGUGUAUUAAAGUCUGCUUGUCCUCAUGGGAAGAAAGCUUAAGGAGGCGCUGUGAUGCGGGGGGGCAGCAGCCGCAUACCCCUCAUGUCUGCCAUAUCUUUUGAUUGCAUCAAGACACAUAGCCUGUCAUAUGGGCCGUCUACACCAUCUAGAUUUGUGUCACAUAUCCUCUCGGAGGCUUACAUGAGAAUGACCCGCCACAUUUCCCAGAGCACAUCCUUGUCAUUAAGUGACGUAUUGCUGUAUCUUGUAAUAAGUGCUAGAAUAAGAGGAGGGCUGUGGAUUGUUAGACUCAGUCAGGAAAAGAUGCAACAGAGGAGUUACCUGCACUGCAUUGGAAGGCUGGUAAGGAUUCUAACAUGUAGAAAAGAGAGGUUAAUAAAUCCAAAAUGAAAAAGAAUGGCAGAAGCACCAUAAUUCAUGAGUUCCAUAGUUCCAUACCAGGCUACACUUCCCAGUCUGUGCCUCUCUAACCCUCUCCUGGUUACUCUAGCUCUCACCUCCUUAGGUGAGCUUGUUUAUCCUUUUGUUCACUCCAAUUGAUUGGCACUCAUCCAGUAUCUUAUAAAGUGUUUAUUUUCCAUUUCUUCUUUCUUGCUAAUAUCUAUAGGCAUGUAGUAUUUAAUUAGGUAACAUUAACAUUCUUCCUAUAAGUUUAGUCUGAGCUAACCACAUCUAUCACUGGUAAUUUUGG